UUAUAGCCUCAACCCUCCACUUCUUACCAACAACGCGAAGAUGACGGUAAUUGGCUCGAGUGUUCGAAAAAAACCUUUUCAGUAAUACUACCCCACGAAAUAAAGGAUCAGGCUGGUCGGGUACACGUUGACCGAGGAAACCACAUAUCUGUUGAAUAUAUUCCGGAGAUAAUAGACAGCGAUAAUGAUGGUAAUGAUGACAAUGACACUCUUUCUGUUUUAUCAUGCGAUACAUGCAAUGCUGAAAAUGAAAAUGAAAUGGAAAAUGAGGAUAUUGACUCUCUUGCACAAUUAAUACCUGAAGAAGAUGAAUUUUAUAUGAAAAAUUUCGGUAUUGGUGAACAAACAAGCCACGAAGAGCAAGAAUAUAGACUUCGCGUAAUAGCUGAAGCCCGUAUGGAUGUCUCUUCUGAUUCUGAAACGGAGAAUAGUGAACCUCAAUCCUUAAUAGGCGAUCAACGAGGCGGUGUUUUAACCAGAAGGGCACGUUUGAAAAUCCAAGCAGCUAAUCAACAAGCACUCUCACAACGUUCUGAAGAGAAUAAUUUUUGGAGUGUUGAGCCACCAGGCCAGCGUUUUAUUAUUGAAAAAGAACACUCUAAACAUUUUAAAAAAUUCGGCGCAAAAGGGGUGGAGAGCGUUAUUCGUAUCUUACAACCACCUACAAAUACCAAUAAAGUUCAAUGGCUUGAAGGUGGUUUGAGAGACAUUAUAACGCAUAUUACCUCGAAAUGUAGAGGUCAUGAUUAUGUGGGGUUUACAAUCAACAGCGAUAAAUUCACGUCAGGACCCGUAUGGUCUCGUUUUAAGCAAGCUAACGCAUAUACGCCUGACGAUCUAGGCUUAUUACUAAGUAACGUAGCACAAAGUGCCGGUACUAUCACAACAGACGAUCAAUUAGUCAUUACAGUCUCUACUGUAGAUGGUAUUGAAGGCACAGGUCGAAAACUUUUAACGCAUCAAUAUAUUUACAAAAAAUCUAUAAUUCCUAUCAAUAAUAACGAUAAUUUAUGUUUACCGCGGUCAUUAGUAGUUGGUCGGGCCUACGUUGAAAGAGGUGAAAUACGUACAGGUACGUUACAUCGGAAAUGGAAAUCAAUCACCGAUAAUAGAUGUACCCUACAAAAAAAGGAAGCGUUGUCUUUGGUUCAUAAAGCGGGUGUUAAAAUUUCUAGUAAGGGUUGUGGUAUCGAACACGUCUUUACUUUUCAAAAAUAUUUUGAGCGGUUGGGUAUAGCUAUUGUAAUUUAUGAAUUUUUAACUCUAGGUAAAGGUGACAAACCUAUAUUUGACGGGCGCGAAACUGUUCAAUUAACUUUUGGCUGUAUACAACAUGUUAUAUAUAUAUUAUACUACGAAGAUUCACAACAUUUUCAACCAAUUGUAAAUUUAACAGGGGCUAUAGGUAGUAAAAUGUUUUGUAAUUUAUGUAAUAUAGGUUAUACAAGGGGUUCAGAACAUAGAUGUUCUAAAAGAUGCCCUCGUUGUAAACAAAUACCUGUUUGUAAUUAUGUAUGUAAACGCAUUUGUACAUUAUGCAAUAGGUGGUUUUCAAAUAACAAAUGUUUUGAAAACCACCUUGUUAAGGGUUCUAGUAAUUUACGAGGGAAAAGUAAAGAUACCAGCGUCUGUGAAACAGUAAAAAUCUGUACUGUAUGCUGCCGUCUAACACGUUUGGGCAGUGCAAAUCCUCACGAAUGUAAUAUCGUAUUUUGUAGAGUAUGUAACAGUAAAAGACCUAUUAAUCACUAUUGUUAUAUGUCACCAUUAAUGGUAAAAAAGUUACCAAAAGUUGUGUUUUUAUUUUAUGAUUUUGAGACACAGCAGCAUAACCUCGUUAAAGGCUCUCGUGAUACAUAUCUUCACAUUCCUAAUUUAUGUGUCGUACAAAAAACAUGUUCUUAUUGUUGUGAUGAUAAAGAUGUUUCAGAUAUUUGCAAUUUUUGUGGUCAACGUGAAUUCCUUUUUGAUAAAAAUCCUGUUGAAGAACUUAUUAAGUUAUCAUUACAAACUUAUAACGGUUUUACAAAAGUAAUUUGUAUUGCACACAAUGCUGGUAGCUUCGACGGACAGUUUAUUUUACGGUGUAUGUUAGAACGUAACAAAGCUCGUUUACCUAAAUUAAUACUAAACGGUACUAAAAUUAUCGUGAUGACUCUGGGGAAUACUAUAUUUUUAGAUAGCUUAAAUUAUUUGCACAUGCCCUUACGUAACUUACCUAAAACUUUCGGAUUUGCUGGAGAAAUAGAAAAAGGGUUUUUUCCACACUUUUUUAAUACACCUGAAAAUGUAAAUUAUAUAGGCCCUAUGCCUGAUAUAAAAUAUUAUGCGCCGGAUACAAUGCUCAACACCGAGCGUGAUUGUUUCGUGGCAUGGUAUAAUGAAAAAAAACAAGCAAAUUAUAUUUUCAAUUUCCAACAAGAGUUCAAGUUUUACUGCCAAACAGACGUUACGGUUUUACGCCGAGCUUGUAUGUCGUUUCGGGAAUUGUUUAUAAAAUGCGGUAAUGUUUGCCCGUUUGCUGAAUGCACCACAAUAGCAUCAACAGUUUCAAAAAUAUUUAGACGAAAUUUUCUUAAGCCUGAUACGAUAGCUAUUUUACCGCCUAAUGGGUGUUAUAGGUGGCGGUCAACACAAUCUAUUAAAGCUAUUUCAUGGCUGAUAUUAAAAGAAUACGAACUAGGUUGUCAAAUUAUCAAUGCCGCACGUUGCAAAGAAUAUCGUUUAGAAGGGGGUAUAGCUGUUGACGGUUAUUAUGUAGAUAGUAAAACUAAUGAGCGCAUCGUCUUACAGUUUCAUGGAUGUUUUUGGCAUGGAUGUUUAUCGUGUUAUCGGGUGAAUCGUGAUAAAGAAUUAGGUAAAGGCGAUACUAUGGAUGAGCGAUACGAGAAUACUUUAGCAACUUCCGAAAAAAUCAGUCGUUUAGGUUAUAAAUUAAUAGAAAUAUGGGAGUGUGAAUAUGAUAAACUUUUGUUGAGAGAUCCAGAAAAAGCUAGCUUUUUACGGUCACACCCUUUGCUUGAUAAACACCCUUUGAAUCCUCGUGAUGCUUUUUUCGGGGGUCGCACUGAAAAUUUUAUACAGUUAUACGAUGCCGAAGAAGGAGAAAAAAUAAAAUAUGUUGAUGUUUGCUCACUUUAUCCGUAUAUUUGUAAGACAGGUAAAUUUCCUAUAGGUCACCCUAAAAUUUUUACGGGUGAUGAAUGCUUGCAACUUAUUAAAGAGAAUAAGGAUCUAUCUGAUAUCGAGGGUCUUGUAAAAUGCACAAUUUUGGCUCCACGCGACCUUUAUCAUCCCGUAUUACCAUGUAAACUUCAUAAUAGGCUUAUCUUUGCCUUGUGUUAUACAUGCGCUUUAUCUUUAAAUCAACAUGAUUGUGAUCACGAUGAGGAUAGCCUUAGAGCGUUUACAGGCACAUGGGUAGUUGAUGAAAUACGUAAAGCAAUAAGUAAAGGAUAUAUUAUCAUUAAAGUACAUGAGAUAUGGCAGUAUGAAAUAGCGCAACAUAAUCCGGAAAAGGGGUCAGAGGGUUUAUUUACUGAUGAUAUAAAUAUGUUUUUGAAAAUUAAAACAGAAUCAAGCGGGUACCCUAAAGAUUGUAUUACUGAGCAAGAAAAAGAUGCUUAUAUUGCUGAAUAUGAAAAAGCUGAAGGUGUAAAACUAGACAAAGAAAAAAUUACGAAAAAUGAGGGCUUACGAGCUGUAGCUAAAUUGAGUUUGAAUUCAUUAUGGGGAAAAUUUGGACAACGGGAAAAUUUACCGCAAACUGAAAUUAUCACUACUAGAGCCCGAUUAAUGGAGAUGUUAACAGAUAGUCAGAUUGAAAUCACGGGGUUUCUACCGGUAAAUGAUAAAACAAUAUAUCUAAAUUAUAUAAAUUGCGCGGAUAGUGUAACAGCUUCACCUACAACGAAUGUUGUUAUAGCUGCGUAUACAACAGCCCAAGCUCGCCUAAAGUUAUAUAGUUAUUUAGAAAACUUGGGUGAACGUGUAUUAUAUUGCGAUACAGAUUCUUGUAUUUACAUUUCUAAAGAUAAUCAAUACGAACCCCCAACAGGUAAAUUCUUAGGCGAUUUAACCGAUGAGCUAGAAUCUUAUGGACCUGGUAGUUAUAUAUCAUCAUUCGUAACAGGCGGUCCUAAAUUUUAUGCAUACAUCGUCCGUAAAACAGAUGACAGUACUAGCGAGGUGUGCAAAGUUAAAGGGAUAACGUUAAAUUUUGAAAACAGUCAAAAAAUCAAUUAUAAUACAAUCAGGUCUUUUAUAUUAGGUGAUAAUACUGAACCUAUUAUAGUUAAGUUUGACGCUAUAAGACGUACGCUUUUUCAUGAUGUAGUAACGCGUAAAGAAUCAAAGACAACAAAGCUACAAUAUAAAAAGCGUAGGCUUACUAAUGAACAUCGGUCUUUACCAUUUGGUUAUUUAACGUUAUAAGCAAUAUGAUAAAAUAAUUAUAAAUAUAUAUAGUCUGUUUGAAAUUUGAUAUAUUAUUUCUAUAUUAAGUAUUAUGUAUGUAUAUGUAUAUGAAAAUGUAUUAGUUUUGUAUAUUUUAUAAAUAAACGUAUAUAAAAAUGUGUUGAAGUUUUCGUAUACUUUAUGAAUAAAUAAAUGUGUGGCAUCAGCAGUAAAAUAUUUUUAUAAUUUACUUUGUAUUGGUAAUUAUGGUUCAACCUAUAUAAGUUUUUAGAUCAAAAAAUAUUUUACUCAGUUGUGUUUCAUGAUUACUCGUUAUUCAGUAUUUAUAAAGACAAUAGUUAAAAGUAUAAUAACUUUAUAAAGUAAUGGAUAUUGUUAUUGAUGUUCAAGGACUAUUUGAUAAUUAUGACAACUUUUGUGUAAAGGAAAUUAGUGUGGUUAGUAUUGACACAGUUAUACAGGAUCACUGGGUAAUAAAAUCACCUUUUCCGUAUAAUAAACUAACAAUAGAGGCUAAACGGAAAAAUGAUUUUAUCACGCGUAAUGUACACGGCAUAAAAUGGUGUAACGGCUCCGUUAUUUUUUCGAAAAUCGUGUCUAUUUUAACCUGUUACUCUGAAAAAGCGCGGUUUAUUUAUGUACGUGGACAAAUCAAAACAAAAUAUCUCGAGCAGAUAUUAAAAAGAGAAAUAAUAAAUUUAGAAGAGGAUGCUGCUGAAUGUCCAAACUUUAAUUUUUUAAAAAAAAAUACUAAAACACAGUGUUCUCUACAUCAUUCUCUAAAGCAGUGUUGUACAGCUAAAAAUUGGAACUGUUCUUUAAAUCAAGCUGUAAGUUUACGUAAUUGGAUUAUCGAAGAGCGCUCAAAACCCUUCAUAUAAAUUUUAAAUAUCACUACCACAACAUCCCAGCCAUAAUCUGUGUAAUGGACCCUUGCUGGAAACAUCCAUGGACUUCAAUUAUUUGCGGUCCAACCGGUUGUGGCAAAACAGUUUUCGUAAAAAAAUUUAUGCAAUACUUACAACAAAUGAGUGAUACUAAAUUUUCAAGAAUAAUAUUUUACUAUGCUGAGUGGCAACCAACAUAUAAAGAAUAUCCUAACUUUGAAAAAAUUGAAUUUCGUGAAGGUUUACCUAAUAAUAACGAUUAUAGUUCUGAUAAUAAUGCUAAAUUAAUUAUUAUUGAUGAUCUGAUGCGUGAAGCCGGAAAUAAUACCGUUGUUGAUCUUUUUACGAAAGGUAGUCAUCAUAAAAAUAUUAGUGUAAUAUUUAUUACGCAAAAUAUAUUCCAUCAAGGCCGUGGUCAGAGAGAUAUUUCAUUAAAUUCAAACUAUUUAGUGAUUUUUAAAAAUCCUAGAGAUCGGUCACAAAUACAACAUUUAGCACGACAAGUGUGUCCAGAAAAUCCUCUUUUUUUGCAAGAAAUAUAUUAUGAUGCUACAGUUAAACCGCACGGCUAUCUUCUAUUUGAUUUGAAACAGGCAACACCUGAAAAUUUUCGUUUCCGAACGUGUAUUUUUCCUGAUGAUAAAUAUCAGAUUGUAUAUGUUCCUAAAAAAACUAAAUAAGUAAUAAUUUGUAUAAUGGCUUUAACUACUCUGUAUAACAGCAUUGGUUAUCGUUCAGAAGCGUUAAGAAUACAAAGUUAUUCGCAAUGGCCUGACCCAACGGUAUCUCCAGAAAAACUAGCAAACGCCGGUUUCUAUUAUACGGGAGAAGGUGAUAGUGUUAAAUGUUUUGAGUGUGGUAUAGUAAUAUGUCAUUGGCUUCAAACCGACAACCCCGUGAGCGAUCAUAGGCGCUGGCAAUCAAAUUGUCGUUUUAUUCGCAACGUGCCUUGUGGUAAUGUGCCAAAAGACGUGGAUCUCAGUACAGUGUCGCCCGUAGAGCAAAACACAUAUCGGCCACGUUACGGUGAUGAGUUUAGACCUGGAGCCGUACCGCAUUCAAGUGGCUAAAGCAAUAUACACCGUAAUAUUACAAACAAUAGUCGAAUCGUAAUGGCAAAGAAGUUACCUCUCGGGAAAAAAAAAUUAGUUGUAUUACAGGCUAUAUGCUCUAUGCCUAAAGAACAGAGACAAGCGGUUUUACGUAAGGCCGAUACUGCGUUAAUAAGGUGUAUUUGUGAGUGUGCUUUAAACAUCUUACAAGGUACUGUUGAUUUGAAACAACAAGAAAAACAAAAAUUAAAACGUCACGCGCAAGUUUUGAGAAAAUUAGCUUCACCUAACAGUAAUCUGCAACAGAAAAAGAAAAUAAUUGUUCAAAAAGGUGGUUUUUUACCACUUUUUUUAGCACCUAUACUCGGCACCUUAUUAUCCAAUCUUAUAUCUAAUUAAAAUGGAGUAUGCACGUAAAAUGGUACUGGUUCCUGAAAAAACAGUUAUUACCGCCGAUACUGUAACAAGUGCGAGUGAAAAUUUAGCGGAUGUGUCUACACCGAAAAAGCAAAGUAUACAAACUACAGGAACAACUUUAUCGAGGCUGGAUAGUGAAAUGUAUCGGAUACUAUACUCUGAUACAUAUCCAGACGAUCGCGCAAAAUGGUCUGCUUAUUCACAAGUGUUAGAAAAGUAUUUAAGACUAAUAGACGCUGACAAAUUUGAACCGAUCAGUGAAAAUAGUUUAUAUCAUCAUAGUAAAAGACCCCUUAUUGAAAAAACCGGUGAUAAGGAUUUUUCAGCUAUUAAUAGUACAAUUAUUGAAAGUGUGCCGUCUAAAUUUCAAAAUAAAGCGAAAUUAUUGCUAAAGAAGUUACAAAAGCUACCUGAUGAUGUUAUAUCAUGGGAUUCUAAUGGUUUAGUAACUAUCAAUAAUGAGCCAAUAAUAGGGUCAAAUAUUAUUGAUCUUAUAAAUCACGCUAUGCGACACAGGAAAAAUACCCACGCUAUUGGUCAACGUCAGUUUUCCAGGAUUCUUCGUACAACACAUGUACCUCGUGAAUACAUAGGAAAUCAUAAUUUAUUUCAUUCCCGUGAUAUAUCUGCAUCAACCCCAAGGAAUUCAUUACGACAGUCCUCUAAUAAUAAAAUUACGGAAGAAAGUAGCUCCAGCAUUGAAGAUAAUAUCAACAACACAAUAUUAAAUAAAACUCAGUUACGUUUAGACACGUCUUCUGAAUACACACCAGACUCGGAUAAUCAACACGGGAAAGGUGUUUCACAAUGCAAGAAAAUAAAAUGGGUGAAGUUCAAAUAUUUAAAAAAUUAGAAAAAACUUACUAUAACCCCGCCCAUUUUGCUGGUUUUAUUGGUAGUGUUAAUUCUUUAAAAAAGAGUAUUGAAUCGGAUCAUACAUCGGAAUCAUUUAAAAAAAGGAGUGUUCAAAAAUGGUUGGAAAAACAAGAAACUUACAAUACACACCGCAUGAACAGACACAGGUUUGAAAGAAGAUGUUAUAAUGUGUCAAGAAUCGACGAUGUGUGGGAGGCCGAUUUAAUUGAUGUUCGCAAUAUUUCAUCAUACAAUAAUAAUAUUGGUUAUUUAUUGGUUGUUAUUGAUGUACUGAGUAAGUUCGUUUGGGUAGAACCGGUAAUUAAUAAAUCAAAUAUUUGUGUUGUACAAGGUUUUAAAAAAAUUUUGAAACGGGCAGGUUCACGUAAACCACGAUUAUUACAGACAGACAGGGGUAAAGAAUUUUUGGGUAGCUUAUUCCAAGAACUUUUAAAAAAACAGAGUAUAAUAUUUAGAACAGUUAGAAACCCUGAUGUUAAAGCGGCUGUUGUUGAGCGUUUCAACAGAACUCUUAAAGAGAGACUAUGGCGGUAUUUCACACACGCGCGUUCAAAGAGAUACGUUGAAGUUCUACAAAAAAUUGUUCACAGCUACAAUCAUGCGAAACAUAGUGGCAUAAAAAUGGCUCCAUACGAGGUUAACAAAGAAAAUGCUGAGGAGGCAUUUCAUAAUUUACAAAAACGGUAUGUUAAAAGAGCUGUACGACAACCUAAAUAUAAUGCUGGUGAAUUGGUACGCAUCAGUAAAGCGAAAGCACCGUUCGUGAAAGGAUAUGAAAGCGGCUGGUCAAAAGAAAUUUUUAAGAUUGCGUCUGUCUCUGCAUACAGGCAACCUAUAGUGUAUUUAUUAAAAGAUUUAAAUAACGAGGCGAUAGACGGUAUUUUUUAUACUGAAGAAUUAUCCCGUGUCCAGUAAAAAUGGCGAAUGUGCGUGAUAAUUUUUACGUUGUUCUACCUAGUAACAGUAGUAUGCUAUAUUUUCCUGAAAACACAACCACAAGAUUUGUUACAAGGUUAUCACAUACUAUAACACUACCUGGUGAAUGGGAAGUUGGUUUAACAGAAAUGCAAACACCUAUGACUUUUCUUCAUAUUACACAGGAUAAUGAAGACAGUUAUUUAGGUAUAAUUAAUUAUAUAAGUCCUACAGAGGAAAGACUUCCCGAAGAUUGGGAAUCCAAAGUAAUUUUAGGUAAUGCACCUUAUGGCGUGUAUAAAUCUAUCGAAGCAUUAUUAGAGGCUAUUCAUAAACAAAAAGAGUUCUCUGAUCAUAUCAAAUUCGAAUACGAUUUAAGUGGAUAUAUUACGGCGUAUAAAGUAUGUACAGGUGAGGAUGUAGUACACGGUCUAGAAAUUAGUGAGAGGCUGCAGGUUAUUUUAGGGUUCAAUCCACAAGACUCGUCGCCAAAAAUAGUAGAAAAAAAUAAACCAUACAGAGCCACCAAACCUGCUACUCUGAGUGCUGCAUUACCAGGUACUAUUUACGUAUAUUCGGAUAUUUGUGAAAAUUAUAUAACCGGUGACGUUCAGACACCGCUGCUAAGACCAGUACCUCUUGAUAUUGACCAUUACAAUUACGGCAGCGUAAAAAUAAGCAAUUUCUCACCACCCCGCUAUAUACCCGUUUCACGCACACAAUUUACAACGAUUGAAAUUGAUCUGAGAAACGAAUUUGGUAAACCUAUACCAUUUGAAAGUGGGACAUCGUCAGUAACGUUACACUUCCGCAGAGUUAGUUAACCUAAAAUAAUGACGCAUUACGAGCUGAUACAAUACGGGUGUGGUAGCCGUGACUACGAUAGUAUUCAUCAGUUUUAUAUAGGCACACCUUAUCAAAAAGGUCAUGGUAUUGGUAGUUUUCUUGGUGGGCUGUUUAGGAAAGUACUACCGUUUUUAAAAAGUGGUGCCAAAGCUGUGGGGAAAGAGGCUGCGCGGUCGGGUGUGAACAUAGUUUACGAUAUUUUAAAUCAUGACGUACCUAUUAAAGAAUCUUUUCAAACACGUGUCCGUGAAUCGGGUAAUAAUUUAAAACGCAAAGCUCAGCAAAAACUUGAUAGUCUUAUGACAGGAUCGGGGUAUGUGCCGAACCAGUUGUUAAAUAGCGGCAGUAUAGACUUGUUACCAGUUAAAAGAGGUCGUGUAGUGAAAAAGAAACGUAGUAAAAAAGGUUCUAAACCGCAGUUAAAAAAUAAUAAGAAGAGAAAAUCUCACAAGAAAGCAACCCUGAAGAAGAAGACGGGACAGAAGAAAAAACGGAAAAACACGGUCAAGAAUACUAAAACAAAACAACGUAGUGUGUAUGAUAUAUUUCAAUAACUGUUUAUAAUGGCUUUUUUACAUAUACAUUCAUGUGAAUGCGCAAAAUCCGAGUUGGAGUUGUUUUCAUUACCGCCUACACAGACAGCGAUUGAAAGUUCUCAGUGGGUUUAUUACAAACCAAUUUCAUCAUUAACAGAUAAUUCACCAAUUGAGUUUGUUGUUCAAGGGCAAGGUGAUGAAUACAUCGAUCUUGCUCAUACAAUGCUCAGCGUUCGUGUAGCUAUAAAACAAAAUGCACCAACAACAGCAGCAGCAGCAACAGCAUCAACACCGACACCAAAAGUAGGUCCUGUAAAUAAUUUAUUGCACUCCAUGUUCAAUCAAGUCGAUGUAUUAUUCAAUCAAAAGCCCGUGUCAACGCCUAAUAAUUUAUAUGCGUACAGAGCGUACAUAGAAACGUUAUUAAACUACGGUUAUGAUGCUAAAGAAUCACACUUAACGACUGUGGGAUGGGCUGAAGAUACACCUGGUGAAUUCGAUGAUAUAGCCGAUGCUAACGCUGGGCUUAAAAAUCGCCGUUCUUUCUUAACUUGUGGUAAAACUUUAGAUUUUAUUGGCCAUUUACAUUGCGAUGUCUAUAACCAGGAAAGGUUUCUUAUAAACGGUGUGGAGAUGCGCUUACGUCUAACAAGAUCUCGUGAUUCGUUUUGUCUUAUGGGUGGUGCUGAUAGUCAAAACUGUACUCUUCAUAUUCAAGAAGCUAGCUUAGUUGUGAGACGAGCUAAAAUUUCGCCGAGUUUUUUACUUGCACACGCAAGAGCUCUAACUAAAACAACAGCAAAAUAUCCUAUAACGCGUGUAGAGGUAAAAGCCGUUUCAAUUCAUACAGGCGUUCAUGGUGAAACAAUUGAUAAUGUGAUAUUAGGUCAAAUACCUAAAAGAGUUAUUCUAGGAUUCGUAAAUAACAAAGCCUUUAACGGUGAUAAAAGUUUGAAUCCUUUUAAUUUUCAACAUUUCAAUAUUAACUAUUUAUCACUUUAUGUCGAUGGGCGCCAAAUA